CCCUCCGCAGCUCCUCUUGCGUCCCGCAGCCCGCUGGGCUUUGCCCUCUGCUUGGGGAGGCAGCAGGUUUGAGCCGGGGGAGGAAAGUGGAUUUAAAGUCUCUGCUUUGAGGUGCUGAGGGAGAUUUUUUUUCCCCAAGAGCAAAGAGGCUGUGACCCCUCCUGGGCCUGCCAAAAGCUUGGGAAGUGCAGUGUGUGGUCUGCUGCUGGUGCAGGCACAGCUGCCUCCCUUGCUGCCCCUCGGAGCCUGCAUUGCCCAGCGAGGCCCAGAUAGGAGUCCCCAAAGUGUCAGGGUUGCUGUAGCUCCGAUUGGUGCCACAGAUCAAAAGGCAGCUUUGUUUCCUGCCACUCCUGUCCUCCAGAGCAGGUGAUGUGACACAGAAGAGGUGGCAGGGUUUGGAUCCUGUGCUGUUCCUGCCAGCACCUGGGUACAGGAGAACUCCCUGUGCUUCCAUUGCCCUCCCUGGGCAUGGCAGCAGGACUGGCAUUUCCUGUCGUGGGAAGGAGCUGAACAGGCAGCCAGGAGAUCAUUGACCUGACCUGUGAGGAUGCAAACUCAGACCCAACAGCGUCGAGCAGCCUCGCCAUCAUCGACCUGACUGAGGACAUGUGCAGCCUUCUCCAUUCCACCCUUGGGGCUGCUCAGAACUCCAGAAAUGCUGCCCCAGCAGCACACACGUCCCAUGCCCAACUCUGCCCCACUGCAGAAAAAGAAACACAGGCAGUGCCAGAGCCAAGCCCUGCACCAGCAUCACACAGCACUUCUGAGAAGCUCAGCUCCACCGUGGUCACAGCAGAAACCAUGGAGAACUGCAGCUGCCCUUCUCCUGUCUCUAGGCACCACAGCUGGAGCCUGGAGCAGGAUUACAGCACUACUGCCUUUAACAGCAGCUUGGACUCAGAGUCAGACUCAGACUGCAGGUCCCCAUCUCCCCCCAGCCUGGACAGCAACAGCAGCAUGGGAGCUGAUGGCCCAGAGGAGGAUCCUCCCCAGCCCUGCCUGGAAAGGAACCUCCCCCCAAGGCUGAGUCCUGCCCCAACCAUUCCUGUAACACCAGGAAAGCCCCAAAGGUCUUUGCCAGAAGGAAGUGACUUCCCAGCACACCAACCAAUGCAGCAAGCCACCCCAGCCAGGACUGAUGCUGACAGCAAGGCCUUGCUGGAUAAACUGCACAACUUCCGCAGGAGUGGAGUCCAGCACCUCUUCCUCCAAGGCAUCACACCCAACAGGGACACACAGAAGCAGAAACCUGGGCUCAUCCCCAGGGGGAAGCUGAGCAUGGUGCACACCACCAUGGAGGAGAACAUCCUGGAGGGCACCUUGUGUUUCCUGAAUGAGUUUGUCUCCUGCCAGCACCGUCCCCCCAAAGAUAUCAUCUGCCACCUCAUCAAACAGAUGCUGUUGGACACCCACGAAGGGGAGGUCCUCAAUGACAUCUACGCAGUGCUGAUGAAGAUCCAAAUGCUCCAUCCAGCCAACAUCACCACGGUGGGAUGGGACUGGACACUGGUGAAAUUCAUCAUGGAGCAGCAGGAGAAGCCCCCUGGCUGGCUCCUCUUCCUGCAGUACGUGGUACAGACCCUGGAGGAUGACUUCCAGCACAAUCUGAAGUCAUACCAGCUGCAGAAGUCAAUUGCCAAGAAAGUGCUUUCAUGUGACUUGUGCUUCAACAAUGUCAAGGAAGUGGUCAAUUGGUUGGUGGCAGCAGUUACAGGAAUUGGGUUCUCCCAGCCCCAGGAACAGCUGCAAGAAGCCAGGGCUGAACACAGCUCAUCUUCACCAAGGCUGGCCAGCACUCAGACAGACCAGGCCCAGACUGCUUUCUUUGCCCAAAAGACAAUGCUCCUGCUCCAGAGGAUGUUGGCCAUGGCAGUGGAGGUGGACAGAUCUCCCACCUGCAGCUCCCGCAAGAUUGCAGACGACAUCUUCCCCUUCAUACUGAAUAUCCCCCUGAGGAGCCAAAGGGAAGCUUUACUGAACACCAUGGAGAGCCAGCUCCUGCGCUGCAGACUGCUGGAGCUGCUAUUCCAGCAUAGCUGUGACGUGCCCACAACUGCAUCCAUGUCUCUGGACAAGGUCCUGUAUUUCCUGAGCCACUCCUCUGUGCUGCCACAAUUCCAGGAUGAAACAGCAACGUGGCAAAGGUGGGAUGAGAUGCUGCAGUACUUGAGUUUGCUGCUGCUGAGUUACCACAGUGUAAAACUGGAGCACCUGCGGACCUCUGUCAGCGACCGGAUGAAACUGAUUGCUCAGAGAGCCAAGGCCAGGCUCCAGGACAGUGAUGACAUCAGCCAGCUGGACAUUCAGCUGAAGAUGAAUGACUUCAUCAGCAGAAUGCAGAAGACCCUGGGGGAGCCUUUUCCCCCACAAAUUCAGGAGAAAUUGUUCAUGCUGCAGGAGUUGUUCUUCAUUGUCACUGCUGCCUGAUGGAGACUACCACUGCAGCAAGGGGGACAAAACUUCAUGUUCUCCCCCCCAUAUAAACCCCCACAUCUCAUACUGCAACCUCAGCAUCAUGAGGUUGGUUUAUACAGUUCUUUUGAAAGACUUUUGGUUUAUAUUGUCUCCAAAUUUCCAUUCAAGUUUGCCUUGUUUGCAGUUUUGCAAAGCACUUUGUACACUUUAAAAAAGUGAGUUUUUUCAUGUGUGCUAAGACAUUUUGUCUUAAUGCCAGCACUGAAAGUAUUUGCCCCAACAAAUCCAGGAGAAAUUGUUCAAGCUGCAGUUGUUCUUCACAGUCACUGCUGCCUGAUGGAGACAACCACUGCAGCAAGGGGGCAAAACUUCAUGUUCUCAAUAUAAACUCCCCCAUCUCAUACUGCAAUCUCAGUAUCAGGGAGGUUGGUUUAUACAGUUCUUUUGAAAGAUGUUUGGUUUACAUUAUUUCAGAAUUUCCGUUCAAGUUUACCUCAUGCAAUUUUACAAAGCACUUUGUAAAUUUAAAAAAAUAAAUUCUUUUCAUGUUUGCUAA